AAGUUCCUGGCCUGGCCUGGAGGUAACCUUAGGGUCUUCGUCGCACGAGGAGGCACAGCCGCCGCGGGGGUGGGCUUUGCUAGUCCGAGCCUCAGCCGGUGCCAGGUCUGUUAGGUGCCAGGAAUCGCCGGGGUGCGCAGGAGUUCGCUGAGGUUCCCGGGGAGUAGGAACCGCGGGCGCAGGGCCGCCCAGCCGACAUGUCUCUAGUGGCAGAAGCCUUCGUCUCGCAGAUUGCAGCUGCAGAACCUUGGCCUGAAAAUGCUACAUUAUAUCAGCAGCUGAAAGGGGAGCAAAUUUUGCUUUCUGACAAUGCAGCUUCUCUUGCUGUGCAGGCCUUUUUGCAGAUGUGUAAUCUGCCCGUCAAAGUGGUUUGCAGGGCAAAUGCAGAAUAUAUGUCUCCAUCUGGUAAAGUACCUUUUAUUCACGUAGGAAAUCAAGUAGUAUCGGAACUUGGUCCAAUAGUCCAAUUCGUUAAAGCCAAGGGCCAUUCUCUUAGUGAUGGGCUGGAUGAAGUCCAAAAAGCAGAAAUGAAAGCCUACAUGGAAUUAGUCAACAAUAUGCUGUUGACUGCAGAGUUGUAUCUUCAGUGGUGUGAUGAAGCUACUGUAGGGGAGAUCACUCAUGCUAGGUAUGGAUCUCCUUACCCUUGGCCUCUGAAUCAUAUUUUGGCCUAUCAGAAACAGUGGGAAGUCAAACGUAAGAUGAAAGCUAUUGGAUGGGGUAACAAGACACUGGACCAGGUCUUAGAAGAUGUAGACCAGUGCUGUCAAGCUCUUUCUCAAAGACUGGGAACACAACCGUAUUUCUUCAAUAAGCAGCCUACUGAACUAGAUGCACUGGUAUUUGGCCAUCUGUACACCAUUCUUACCACACAGUUGACCAAUGAUGAACUUUCUGAGAAGGUGAAAAACUAUAGCAACCUCCUUGCUUUCUGUAGAAGAAUCGAACAACACUAUUUUGGUAAAGUCAGCUCAUCCAUCAGAUUGUCUUAGAGUUAUGUGUUAAUUUAGUUAUUAUUUUUAAAAAGUUUAACUUUUGAAAUAUAUGUUACUUGAAUGAUAUAAUAGAUAAUAGUAUCAGAAUUUUACAGCCAAAAAUACUGCUUUUCACAACCUCAAAACAAAUUACGUAAUGUAUCGUAUACGUGUACCUUAUACUGCUAUUUGUGUAUACAUUAAAAUAAUUUUGAAUGAUUUCAUUUGAUAUGUUGUACUCUAUAUCUUGAAAUUUUUGGUUUCUUUGACACAUGUAUGCAUAUAAAAAUAAAGCUCAAACAACUGUGUG